GUCACAUUUAUAUAUCGUGCUGUUGGAAAUAUCGUCCACUUAUCUACUGUACAUUGUACAUAAGCGCACUGUAUUUGAAUGGUGUUAUCUGUAACCAAUUUCUGAGGUUAAUUUUUGAAUUUAGCUAUUAAAUGAAAGUAAAAAACAACUGUAAUGCAAACAGAUUAUGCUCUAACGGUUGUGGAUUUUAUGGAAGCUCACAAUUUGAUGGACUGUGUUCCAAAUGUCAUAAAAAUGUAGCCACUGCUAACGGCACUACCAGUAUAACUGUAAAUACUGUACCAAACAAAGUGGAAGUAAAUCCUCAAGAGGCAUUACCACCAGAAAAAACUUUCAUGAAACCAUCAGAAGUGAUUACAAUGAAUGAAAAAUUAGACGAACUGACAAAUUCCACUGAAAGACUCGAAGAAGCUAAGUCUAAUACAGAUCUUGUAAAUCCACUCUCUAAAAAUGAAAUACAGUCAUCUACAACAUUAACAUCGAAUAAAGAAGAAGUUACAGCUUGUGAAAGUGAUUCCCCAAUCAACUUGACCGUUUUAUCCUCUAAUAAAUCGAGUAGAGAUAAUCGACUUUCACCUGUUCCACAAGAUAAUACUCGACGAGAUCUUUCACCUCCAGGCAGUAAAUGUUACAUAUGCAGAAAACGUCUUGGUUUAACUGGCAUGAACUGUAGAUGUGGUAAUACCUUCUGUGCAUAUCAUCGUUAUACUGAUCGACAUGAAUGUACAUAUGAUUAUCAAGAGGAGGCACAGAGAGAAAUACAACGUGAAAAUCCUGUUGUCAAUGGAGAGAAAAUAAGAAAACUUUAAUUUUUUUUCUUCUCAUUAUGCGCCUACAUAUCUGUAUACAUAAACAUAUAAACAACAAAAAAAGAGAAUGGGAUAAUUUUUUCAUUUAAUACAUGAGAAUAUUGACUUUAAAAAAUGGAUAGCCAUCACUCCCUGCUACGUAACGUUUAUUUUUGUUAUUUUUAUCAAUUAAUUGGUUCUUUGUUUUGCUUUUUUAAUUAAUUAAUUUAAACAAAUCUGUUUCGCU